GAAUGCAAAGGAAGACAUUUCAAGAAAAUAAGAGACUUCUCAGGGAAUGCUUUGGGUCUUUAACACAGACUUUGCAGUGGAUUCUUCUUCAACGAGGCAUAAAUGCAGAUGUGAUUAAUUUCCAGAUAUAGAUUGCUGAUCCCAUGAGCUGACUGACAAUAAUUGUGUGUUUCUUUCUGACCCUCAAGAAAAAAAUCCAGGUUGGGUCUUACAUAGCUGGAAAUGUCAUAUCCAUGCAAAUGUCUGAGAAGUCCUGAAGGACUAAAAAGCACCACAUUGGUUUAUUCUCAUAGCACAUAUCCUCAUGACAAAGGAAAACUGCUGCAAGGAUUGCAUACCUGUACAGGAUGUUUUGAUCUUAGCAAAAUCCACAGCUUAAUUCCACAAAAAUCAUGCUGGUUUGCUGCCCAAACCCUGACCAUACUUUUUGGGGAUUCUCUAGAUGACAACUUUAGCAGUAACAACACCCCAGCAGUCCUUCUGAUUCUCCUCUAGCAGAAUAAUCUCUUUUUUUUUUUUUUUUUUCACUCUGGCCUUGAACACCAUGGCACAAAAAAUAUCGAUGCUUAUUUAGCAAAUGUUAAUAAUUAAUUCUGGGUGCUUAACUGUGUUUAUCAGUCUGAGAGCAGAGCACUCCAGCCUUGCUCCAGCUGACCAGUUUGUGUUGCACCAAGAAGCACUUUUGGACACUGAAGGACCUGUAUUUUGUUCCGGCCAUGACUUAAAGGAACUGUCAACGGAAGAUGAUGUGAAGCAUCAUUCCCAAGUGUUUGAGUUAUGUGCAGAGGUUAUGACUUUAAUCCAGAAGCUUCCAGUGCCAGUGAUUGCCCAAGUGAACGGCUUGGCUACAGCAGCAGGCUGUCAGCUCGUGGCAAGCUGUGACAUCGCCGUGGCAAGUGAGAAAUCCAAGUUUGCCACUCCUGGGGUAAACAUCGGGCUGUUUUGCUCCACACCAGCUGUGGCCUUGGGCAGAUCUCUUCCAAGAAAGGUGGCUCUGGAGAUGCUCUUCACGGGUGAGCCCCUCUCUGCUCACGAAGCGCUGAUGCACGGGCUCGUCAGCAAGGUGGUGCCGGAGGACAGGCUGGAAGAAGAGACCAUGAAAAUCUCUCAGAAGAUCUGUGAAAGCAGCAAGUCCGUCCUGGCCCUGGGGAAAGCCACCUUCUACAGACAGAUAACCCAGGACCUGGACACUGCUUACAAAAUGACUACUCAGGUCAUGGUAGACAAUCUGACUUUGAGAGAUGGGCAGGAGGGUAUCGAAGCCUUUAUCCAGAAGCGUAAGCCAGUCUGGACACACUCUCAGGAGGAGAAGAAAUGAUUCCUGUCUCUUAACUAACCUUAGCUGUGCUUUAUGGUUCUUCACGCAGUUGCCUUUGGGAACUAUAUUUUUGUUCUUACUGAAAGUUAAAUUUGUCUUCUUGCAUAUGCCAGACACAAUAAAUUCAUUUUAAGUAUGUAAUAAAUGUUAAGAAAAAUCAAAGAAAA